UGUUCUUUUUUUUUUUUUGUCAUGACAACAAAAGACGAGGGAUAACAAAGAUAAAUUGAAAAUUGAAGUACCUGAAAUAUAGAAUUAUUACUCAUCUAUUCCCUGUGUAGCUGAUAGGUCUGGGACCUAAGGUUAUCGAGGAAUCACCCGAAAUGUAAGAUGAUUUGUAAUUUUUCAAGGUUUCGAGAAACUAUUGGUCUGGGAAAAAGAAUUAAAAAUGCAUAUUUUUAAUUGAUGAUUGGAAAUUUAAAAUGAACAAAGGCUUAUUAUUGUUUGGUACUAGAUACAUAAAAAUUCUGGUUAAACUCAUGGUUAAUUCCACUGAUAUAAAUAAAUUAAUAAAUGUGAAAAGCAAAAUGUUAACUACCUACCGUGAGGGGUGAGAAUAUCGGUUUUGUGAAAAUGCGCAAUUCACAACACUGAGUUCAAAACCACGAUUUGUUUGCACUCUCAGUGUUAACAGUUUUGUUUGAAGCAAUGUUUGUUUCAUCCAUCCAUCCAUUUUCUUUACCGCUUCUCCUCACAAGGGUCACGGGCGUGCUGGAGCCUAUCCCAGCUGUUUUCGGGCGGGAAGCGGGGUACGCCCUGAACCGGUGGCCGGCCAAUCGCAGGGCUCAUAGAAACAAACAUUCAAAUGCUGUCAAAUGAUCAAAGCAAAUGUAUUUAUAGAGCACCUUGCAUCAAUUAAAAAUGUAACACCAAGUGAUUUCCAGCAAUUCAAAUGACGAAAAAGCUUGAAAGGUAUUUGAGACUGAAGACAAGACUAUAUCUGACUGACAAGACACGUGUUCAACUUAUUCCCAAAAAGGACUUGGUGUGAGUGAUUGUGCGGUCUGCUGAUUACUGAUGUGUUGGUGCGUGUAUGUUUACGUCUGUGUGUGGUGUUUGAGAGACGAAUGCUGUGUGCGUGUCACUACUUAAGCAAUGCGUUGUGGGAGCUGUUGCUGCAGGGGAAAAUAAGUUGCGGAAAAAUGUAGGGUUUUUUUUGAGACCUGAAAGGGAAAAGCCUACUGAAACAAAAUAGAUUCCAUUGGGGGCGGGGGGAGAGAAAAGGAGGCUGCUCAAAAUCUUAGAAUAGUGCAACUCAACGUUCAGACAAAAUAAUAAUAUUUUAGCAGUGUGCAAGUAAAAUAUAGUACAAUUUUAACAAUUUCAACAUCAAGCAGAUAUUCAAUCUUAAAAAGGAUGGUUAUAUGCUGCAACCUGCAGUCAUGACUUUGCACAGCUGUUUUUUUGAUGUUGUGUUGUCUGUGUGUUUAUGCGCAGCUGUGUGUGUGUGUGUUAUUUUGUGUGUUGUCUGUGUGUUUAUUAACUUGUAAUGUUUUUGUUCACUUAUGUUAAGCAAUAUUUAUUCAGUGGCUUAAAAACAAUGUAUGCGAGGCAAGCCACACCCACAGGGGUUCAAAGUGUUCAGUCGGUAUGAACUGGAAUCCCUGGCAUUCUCUGUGACCUGGAUGUGUACCAAGGUGCCAAGAUUCGACGUUGGGACAAAACCACAAAGGUGUGGAUAUGUCGGACUCAUUUGGAGCAAAGUACAAGUUCCCCAUGAUAUCCCACCGCUGGUAUGCCUACAUCUUCUGGCACACCAUCAUCCUUGUUGUGAUCAACGCCUGGCUCCUAUACAGAGUCUGGUUUGGUGCUGCUACAAAAAAGGACAAACUCCGACUGCAACGGACAAUCAAAACUGCUGAAAAGAUUGUCGGUACCCACCUACCCACCCUUGAGGACUUGCACGCUGCCAGAACUAAGACAUGAGUGUGCAAAAUCCUCUCGGACCCUCCACACCAGAUCUUCCAGCUCCUUCCCUCAGAUGCUCAAGAAUGUUGUUCUCACGAGUUGCUGCUCAUUGUGAGCGUGUCCGUCGCUGUCAAACUUCUCAUCACCUCCGCUCUCUUAGUGAAGUUCCUACUUUUUCCAUCGGAGCUAAGGGACUCGUCGCCCCCGUGUGGCUUGAAUGGCAACUGCACCGCUCUGACCCAGCAACCGUCUCCGCCAAAGAACCCUGUCAACCACGUAGUCAACGUGACAGCAAAAUGCCGAAGUCUGGCCAGCGAUGGCAGGCGCAUCAUCGGGGGGGGGCGCUGGUGGCUGCAGACGGGUGGGGAUGGCAGGCCAGCUUGCACUGGAGAGGGAGGCACGUCUGCGGGGGCGCCGUCAUCUCACCACGCUGGGUCAUCACUGUGGCUCACUGCUUUGUCGAGAACAACAUGUUACAGGUGGCUGACUGGCUGGCGAUGGUGUCCAGCAUCAGCAUCGCCGAUGCAUCCCAGGGGAAACGUUACCGAGCCCUGCAGGUCCUCUACCACCCACAAUUUAACACGCGCAGCAACGACUACGAUAUCGGCCUUCUGCGUACCGUCGUUGACAUCGACAUGAGCAGCGGGGUGCGGCCUGUCUGUUUGCCCAGUGCCGGUGAGUCCUUUCUUCCUGGAACACCGUGUUGGAUCACGGGCUGGGGGUACGUGAAGGAAAGAGGUUUUGUGUCAGAUGAGCUCAGGCAAGCUCAGGUGAAGGUGAUCGCUGAGUCCGUCUGCCGCCACCCGAGCAUCUAUGGCAUGCACAUGACACCGCGAAUGAUCUGCGCCGGCUCCUUGGGGGGAGGAGUGGACUCCUGCCAGGGUGACAGCGGGGGUCCCCUGGUGUGUGAGACAGCCCGAGGGGAGUGGAAGCUGGCGGGGGUCGUGAGCUGGGGUGAGGGCUGUGGACGCCCCAAUAAGCCAGGAGUGUACAGCCGUGUCACCCAACUGAUCAACUGGGUGGGACAACAUCUGGAGGUGCAGUGAAACAAGCAAACUCGCGGUUCAAACAGCUAUCUGCUGUUUUUGUGUUCAGGCCAAGCAAUAAAAUUAUUGCUUUAGAACCAUCUAAUGGAAGCUUGGUGUUGUUGUUUGGUUUAAGUUAUUGUUUUUUUUUUGUUUUUUUUUUCUCGAUGUUUGAGAUAUUCUGUUUUGUUGGCAGUCCAUGAAUGCACCUUGUGCAACAUCAAAAGUAAAAGCGAAAGUAUGUUUCUGCUUCUUUCCCAGCUUCUAAAAGUCAACUUUGCAGUAAAAAUUUAAAGUGGCACUAAGCAGGCCCAUAAAAUGGCAUGUAAAUUCAAAUUGGACACACCACAGAGAAGAGUAAUGUUUGAAUUAAUUUGAAUUAAUAAAAAAUAAAUCAGGGCCGCACGGUGGACGACUGGUUAGCACAUCUGCCUCACAGUUCUGCAAUUAGAUCUCAAGCAGGCACAAUAUUUGUGGCUUAAAAUCCAUAAAUAACAGCUAUUCAAAAAUGUCCCCAUUGUUUUCGUGCAAAUAAUUACAAGUACUUUCGGAAAAUAUUCACAUUUAUUCAUUAUUAUCUUGUUGCAAAUCAUAUGAGCAGUUUGAAAUUCAUCCAUCCAUCCAUUUUCUGAGCCGCUUCUCCUCACUAGGGUCGCGGGCGUGCUGGAGCCUAUCCCAGCUGUCAUCGGGCAGGAGGCGGGGUACACCCUGAACUGGUUGCCAGCCAAUCGCAGGGCACAUCGAAACAAACAACCAUUCGCACUCACAGUCAUGCCUACGGGCAAUUUAGAGUCUCCAAUUAAUGCAUGUUUUUGGGAUGUGGGAGGAAACCGGAGUCCCCGGAGAAAACCCACGCAGGCACGGGGAGAACAUGCAAACUCCACACAGGGGGGGACGGGGAUUGAACCCCGCACCUCAGAACUGUGAGGCUGACGCUCUAACCAGUCGGCCACCGUGCCGCCCAGUUUGAAAUUUUGAACCAAAAAUUAUUUCAACAGUAUUAUGAAUCGGUGAGCGUGCACCAUUCAGUUAUGCAUCCUUUGUAAAUGUAUACAUACAAAUUUAAGUUGUGGCAGUGCAUGGAAAAAAAACAAACCAACAAACCAACCUCUUUUGAAGUGAAGCUUUUGACUGAAAUUUUGUAAUAUUCAAUGUCUCAAAACAUAUCUAGAGGAGGUAUUUAUUUUCACAGUGUGAACAUGGUACACCAUUUUAUAUUAGUGUGCUCCUGAGAGUUGGCAUUGGGCCUUCAAAAGUGCAUCAAUGUCAUUUAAGUGUUGUCAGUGCACCUUACAUAGAUUGGCUCCGCAAAAGACAUUGCGCGUCGCCAUCAUGUACAGUAUAUUUGAAUCCAAAAGCUAGUUUAUUUUUAGCCUUGUCGUGUGUCUUUUGACUUAAUAAUGUAAAUAGCUGAUCACCACUCAAGUUAUAUAAAAAAAAAAACGUUGGCUGUGUGGGACAGACAACACGUCUGAGACAGACAACACGUACUGCCUGGAUCAGACUACAAGACAAAUUUGGUCUUUCACGAUUGCACUAUGUCAGACUACUGCAAUAAAAUCUUGUAUUCUGAUACCACUGCAUCCCAUCUUUUACGAUCACUGGGCUUUAUCUAUGUUAUCUAUCUUUAUAACUCAAACGCGACCAGAUACACUUGUUACAAUGGUGACGACAACAACAAUGGCUCGUGCCAUGUGUAUUAUAAGAACAAAAUGGGAAAAAAACAUGUGGUGGUGGUCACCAGUGCACGGGACGAGACGUUCUUUUAAGGAUCGCUUUCGGUAUGUUCACGUACUUUUAUUAAGAUACGGCUCGCAAGCAGCCAACAAAACGUUAUGUAGCCUAGAAAGCUAGUGCUAGCACUAAGGGUUGUACGUAAACAUGCCGGGGUUCUGUCGAAUCAUGCUCUAAAGUUUCGGUGUGUAUGAAGUAAUUUAAUUACAGUAAGUUAGCACCCAUUAUUUAUUUUAUGUUGUAAUGUUGGUUUGACCUGACUGAUUAGAAUACAUGACCUGACUAGAGAAUACUUUUGAAGAUACUCAGUAUACAGUACACAAGUAUAUACAGUAAAUGAACAAGUCAUUUAAAUAGACACAUUCCUCCAUCUUGUGAUCGUAUCGGUGAUCAGUUAUUGUUUUUUUAAACUCGCUGAUCGGCCCCAAAAAUCCUGAUCGUGUGAAGCCUAGUUGUCUCUGGUGAAAGUUUACAAAACUAUCCAUUGUAAAAAAAAAAAAUGCGCACUGGAGAUUCGACUGGCGGUGUUGAUGUUCAGCUUGCCAUCCGUGUGUGUCUUUAAAAAGUCAAUCCAUCGCUUUUAUAUUUACUCAUUUUUGGGGAGCUUAAAAAAACGUCACCGAGCUGUUAUGUACAUUGAGGCAUCCAGUGAAGACGCAUUUUCAGGGUGUAGCCAUCGUUAGCUUGCUAACUGCACACUGGAGUGGAAAAUGGGGUUUUCUAUGGAAGCUAAGCACAGCUAACGAAAUGACGUCACGUUGUCCUUAUAUAGUGGGGGAGGGAACUCGUGCAAGAAAGUCACUCCGUGAUGUCACGGGGGCUGUGUUUUAACCCCGCCCACAAAAUAAAGAAAAUUUAAAUGGUGAAAAAGAUGGUUAAGCUAUAUCUCAACACUAUAUUGUGAUGUCUUUGCAUGUUUUUCCAGCAGUUAUCUUCAAACAUAUUUAAUGUAUUUAGAAACAAAACACAGAUAUCUGCUUAGAGUCCCUUUAACUGUAUUCCCUAACAUUUAUCAUUGUGUGUAAAUUCCAGAAAGUGAGUUUAUUGACUUAACACUGUUUCUGUAAAGUGCUAGUGUAUUUGUGUAGUGUUUGUUUACCCAUGUGUGAUGUCACGUCAGCUUGUACUAGUGUGUUAUUUAUAGUAGGCCAGUAUGCUGGCUAAUACUAUUAAUACUUUACUUGUCCUUGUGUUAUAGUAGGCCAGUAUGCUGGCUAAUACUAUUAAUACUUUACUUGUCCUUGUGUUAGUGUUCAUUCAUUCAUCUUCCGUUCCGCUUAUCCUCACUAGGGUUACCAAAUAUAGUUUAUGUACCAUGUGUUCAUGAUUGUGUAUAUUGAGUUGAUACUUCAUGGUGCUUGUCUGCAUUUUAAGUGUUUUGGCACCAUCUGUUGGCAUCUAUACAUAAUUACAAACUUCUUUUUGGUGGGCUUCAAUUAUUGUCAGAUUUUAGGUCUCUAAUCCCCGCAAAUAGUGGGAAUUCACUCUAUUGAGAAACCACUAUUGUUAGCCAAAAAGGACUUCUCACUCUUUGAUAAGGUUAACACUGUAAAAUCAAACUUAAUAAAACAAAGCUAA